UACGUGCCUCACCUUCUGUACCUUCCUCUCCAUGCCCUUUCUCGAAAUCAGGAAGCUCAAGAUAUAUCAAGACACUCGAUCAAAGAAGAUCAGGCGCUUCUCUAACCUUUCUCAUUAACUAUGGACGAUGUCACGGGUUUAUCGCCAGGUCUAUGGGGACCCACAGAAUUCGUCGUCCAACCAAACUGCAUAGGAUACCGUGAUCAAAUGGGCUCCGAGCGAGAGAUAUUUGUGCCUCAGGGUGCUUUAGAAGCGGCUUGGGGCUAUGUCGAGAAUAAGGAUUGGGACGAGUUAGCGAAAUAUGACACGUGCGUGAAUCAGGGCUAUAGCGAUCAGGACUAUGUACAAGUUUCUGUUCAAUUCGAGGAUACGAGUAGUGGUUCUGAGAUUGAAAAUGCUAAGCUUGAGACGUGAUGGCCUCACACUCCGCAUUGUGGGGGACGAAACUUCAGUGGUCUUAGCACAGUAGGAGGCAACGACUAAGAGGAUAUUGACAGGAAGAAGUUGGGGCUUGUCGCCGGAGAAGUUAUUUAAUAGGCACCAUACUAGUAGCAUUUUCAAGGCGAUAACCAGAAUGGGAGGGGC